AUGGACGCUGUGGAGAAAGAAGCAGGGAGGAUACGGUUUGCCUUCAGCAUCGACAGCAUCUUGAGCGGGACGUUCGAGAGGGGGGGUGACGCCAAGGCCGAGCGCCCUCGGGGACCCUCUAAAGAGCGCCCGGAUCUGGAAUCCACCACAACUACAAAUCCCACAGAGCCUCUGCAGCACGCCUGCCUCUGCUGCUGCUUCUGCUCGCGCUGCGGAGAGAUGCUACAGGCCGACUACCUGCCCGCCACACCCUGUCAGUUGGCGUGGAACAGGAGAGCACUCACAGACUCAUGUCUGGCAGGAGAGGCUCAGAGAAGAGAGAGUUUCAGUCAGAUCCAGAAGAGAAUCCGUCGCCAUCGCACCAUCUUCACAGAGGAGCAGCUGGACGCUCUGGAGGAGCUGUUUCUGCAGAACCAAUACCCAGACAUACAUACACGCGAACAGCUGGCUGAGAGGACACACCUGCGGGAAGAGAGGGUGGAGGUGUGGUUUAAGAAUCGGAGAGCGAAGUGGAGAAGACAGAAGAGGGUACCUUUCAGUCUCCGUGGGCAGGACGAGUGGAAAAAUGUGCUUCAUGGUGACUGA